CCUGAACAGACAUCAACUGAAAACGAAAGUCAAAGAGGGAAACAAGCGCACAUGUUGAGUCAGACUGACGGGAAAGCAGCGCAGCAACAUCUCAGCACUCUUUGGUGACAACAGGUGUGUGUCCUGUGGCAUCUGUACACUGCAGCAUGAGCCAGUGGAAACAGAUUCAGCAGCUGGAGAUCAGACUCCUGGAGCAUGUGGACUAUCUGUAUGACGAUAAUUUCCCCAUGGACAUCCGACAGGGGCUGGCCAGCUGGAUCGAGGCUCAGGAUUGGGAAACAGCGGUUAAUGAUGAGUCGAUGGCUGCAGUGAUGUUCACCAACCUGCUGUCCCAACUGGACAGGGUGCGAUCGCAGGAGCAGAACUUCCUACAAAGACACAAUAUGAAAAUUAUACAGCAGCAGCUGCAGCUGAAAUACACGACCAACCCUGCCAUCAUGGCCAGAGUUAUCUCCACUUGCCUCAGGGAAGAGCGACGUAUUCUCUCCAGCGCCUGCACAGAGGAACAGGGUCCACUGGAGAAAUCGCUGCAGAAUUCUGUGGCCUUUGAGAGGCAGAAGAACAUGGACAACAGAGUUGGGAUCAUCAGGGGCAGUGUGCAGUUGAUGGACCAGGCUGUGAAAUACAUUGAGGACAUGCAGGACGACUUUGAUUUCCGCUACAAGACACUGCAGUCUCGAGAAUCAUCAGAUAGGAACUCUGAAACGAUGAAACAAGAAGUGACAAAACUACAGGAAAUGCUGAACAGACUUGACUUUAAAAGGAAGGAGAUUUUGUCAAAGAUGGAUGUUGUCAUCAAAGAGAUCGAUGAUCUGGUGACUUCUCAGCUCAACCCGGAGCUGCAGGACUGGAAGCGCAGGCAGCAAAUCGCUGCCAUUGGAGGCCCUCUGCUUACUGGCCUGGACCAGCUGCAGAGCUGGUUCACUCUGACAGCACAGAGUCUCUUCCAGAUCAAGCGUCAGCUGGACAAACUGGGGGAGCUGGUUGUAAAGGUCACCUAUGAGAGCGACCCAAUACCUCUGCAGAAACCUCAGAUGGAAGAACGAGUUAAAUACCUCAUCUACCAUCUCAUCAAGAGUUCAUUUGUGGUGGAGAAGCAGCCAUGCAUGCCCACUCAUCUUCAGAAACCCCUCAUCAUCAAGACCGGAGUACAGUUCACAACCAAAGUCAGACUCCUGGUUAAACUUCCAGAAGUGGAUUAUCAGCUGAAAGUGAAAACAACUUUUGACAAGGAUCUCCCCCCUGGCAGAGUAAGUCGUCAGUUUUUCAUCCUGACCAACAACACUAAAGUCAUGGAUAUUGAGGACUACUCUAACGGCUGCCUCUCAGUGGAGUUUAGACACCUGCAGCUGAAAGAGAAGAAAUAUAUCAAUGGCACAAAGGGGAGUGAGGGCCUGCUCUCUGUGACAGAAGAACUUCACUCUCUCAGUUUUGAGGCAUGCUUCACGGUGCAGGGCCUCACCAUCGAUCUGGAGACAUGCUCCCUGCCACUAGUGGUGAUCUCCAAUGUGAGCCAGCUGCCUGGAGGAUGGGCCUCCGUCAUGUGGUACAACCUCCUGACUGAUGAGCCAAGGAACUUGGCGUUCUUUGGGAACCCACCUCGGGCCAACUGGAGCCAGCUCUCUGAAGUCCUCAGCUGGCAGUUCUCCACUUUUGCUGGUCGAGGUCUCAACAAAGAGCAGCUCGCAAUGCUGGGAGAAAAGCUUUUUGGUCAGCAUGCCUCCUGUAGUGACUAUCAAGUGUCCUGGUCCAAGUUUUCUAAGGAGAACAUUCCAGGGAAGCCCUUCAGUUUCUGGAUGUGGCUGGAUUCAAUCCUGGAGCUCAUCAAGAAGCACUUGCUGCCAGUGUGGAAUGAGAACUAUAUCAUGGGUUUUGUGAGCAAAGAGAUGGAGCGUGCCUUGCUCAAGGACAAAGAGGCAGGCACCUUCCUCUUGCGCUUCAGUGAGAGCCACCUCGGGGGAAUCACCUUCACUUGGGUGGAGUACAGUGAAAACGGUGAUGCGAAGUUCAACUCUGUGGAGCCGUACACCAAGAACCGGCUCAGUGCUCUGCCGUUUGCAGACAUCAUACGAGACUACAAAGUCAUCUCAGACGGGGUCGUCCCAGAAAACCCGCUCAAAUUCCUUUACCCCAACAUCCCCAAAGAUGAGGCCUUCGGACGUCUUUACAACAGCCAGCCCAGCAAAGGCAAGAGAACAAUUUAUCCAUACAUAUCAUCUACCUUGAUCCCCAUCUCAGAACUGCGCCCAAAUGCCAGCACCACACCACCUUCUUGUCAGUCCCCUCAGCCCCCAAUGACUCCUGGAGAGUUUGACGUGCUCUGCUUUGACCUUAGUGACAUGAAUUCUCCAUAUUCAGAGUGAAGUGAGAUGAAACACCCAACAUUUUGAUCAGAAGUUUCCUGGCAGCGUCCUCCAACUGACCUGACUUCAUGCAGCCUCCAUUCAAUGUUAAUAUCAUGAUUAUCAUAAAUCAGUCAGGUGUUUUUACUUGAGAAUACAGGGGAUUUAUUCACUGUACUAUUGUUUUAUGUUUUUUUUUUUAUAUAUUCACGAGUGUUCUUGAAAGAGAUGUUUCAAUUGUCAGUCUGUUAAUCUGUGAUGACCUGAUUUUGAAUCAUUUUGUAUUUUAAAUAUUGACUUAUUUUCCCUCUAAGGUCAAGUUUGUAAAUAAGACAAAACUUUGAUUGUAAUCCACCAUAUACUAGAUACUUUAUGUCUACACCAGUUGUACCACCGUAUCUUUUGCUGAACUGGAAACAACUGAAACUGCAUUGUUACACAAUCUUCUGAUCCAACAUGUUACAAAGUGUACACUCUUAGUUACAUAAUUAUUCAUUAGUCAGGAAUUCAAAGCUAGCUCAUCUGCCCCCUACUGGCCAUCAGUGUGUACAGACUACUCAGCAGCACGGCAGAAGUUAGUGCUUUUAUUUUGGAAGAAUCCUGAAAUAAAAAGCCUGAAUUUAAUUACAA